CAGUGGCAGCCCCUCGUUUUCCCCAAGUGGGCGCAUGCGCAGUGUUCUCGGGCGGUGUCGGUUCCGGGUAAAGCCGUGAUAGGAGCGGUUGCAGGAGACUGUUGAUUGCAUCGGCCAUGGCGGCAGCGGCGGCGACAGCGGCCCCGGGUGGGGCAGGGCCCGUGCCAGUACCCGGAGCUCCGAGGCUGGGAGUGGAGACGGUGAAGGGGCAAGUUUUUGAUGUGGGGCCGCGCUACACGGAUCUCCAGUACAUCGGCGAAGGGGCGUACGGCAUGGUCUGCUCUGCCUACGAUCACGUCAACAAGAUCCGGGCUGCCAUCAAAAAGAUCAGCCCCUUUGAGCACCAGACCUACUGCCAGCGCACGCUGCGUGAGAUCAAGAUCCUCUUGCGCUUUAAACAUGAGAAUGUCAUCGGCAUCAACGACAUUCUGCGGGCACCUACCAUUGACCAGAUGCGUGAUGUAUAUAUAGUUCAGGAUUUGAUGGAGACCGAUCUCUACAAGCUCCUGAAAACUCAGCAGCUCAGCAACGAUCACAUCUGCUACUUCCUCUACCAGAUUCUCCGAGGGCUGAAAUACAUCCACUCCGCCAACGUUCUUCAUCGGGACCUGAAACCCAGCAACCUCCUCAUCAACACCACGUGUGACCUGAAGAUCUGUGAUUUUGGCCUGGCUCGGAUCGCUGAUCCGGACCACGACCACACGGGUUUCUUGACGGAGUAUGUCGCCACUCGCUGGUACCGUGCUCCUGAAAUCAUGCUUAAUUCAAAGGGCUAUACCAAGUCCAUUGAUAUAUGGUCUGUGGGCUGCAUCCUAGCUGAGAUGUUGUCAAACCGACCCAUCUUUCCUGGCAAGCACUACCUGGACCAGCUCAACCACAUCUUGGGCAUUUUGGGUUCCCCGUCUCAAGACGAUCUGAACUGCAUCAUCAACAUGAAGGCUCGAAACUAUCUCCAGUCAUUGCCCCAAAAGCCCAAGGUUCCGUGGGCGAAACUCUUCCCUAAGGCCGACCCCAAAGCACUGGACCUGCUUGACAAAAUGUUGACCUUCAACCCAAACAAGCGCAUCACAGUGGAGGAGUCCCUGGCCCAUUCUUACCUAGAGCAGUACUACGACCCCUCGGAUGAGCCGAUUGCUGAGGAACCAUUCACCUUUGAUAUGGAGCUGGACGACCUGCCCAAAGAGAGACUGAAAGAACUGAUAUUUGAGGAGACAGCACGAUUCCAGCCGGGCUACCAAGGGCCUUGAGUGGCUAUUUGGACCAUUGGUCUCUACUUCACCAGGAGAUGAUUUGGGACUGUACCCAGCUCCCCUACUGGAUUAUGGAGGGGAGCACAGGAUUCGGAGGGGUACUGAUUUGGGGGUGCCCCUGUCGACUUGCUGUACAACUGCGCUUUGCUACGUGGCUGUGAACCCCAGUAACCCAUCUCUGGACCCCUUAAUGUGAUGUAUUGGGGUGAGACCCUGGCGCCCAAGUUGGGGGAGAGGAGGGGGUUCCCCCCCUCCCUUUCAGGAAGGAAAGGAAAUGUCCCCCUCCCCUUUCAAUGAAACAGAAGAGGGGAACGUCAUCUCCUAUUUUUGGCAUCUUAUUGUCUUUGUUAAUAAACUAAAUGCUGAUUUUUAGCAGGGCCAUUUUUCUGAUCCCUUGGGCAUUAUUCGCAAAGGGAGGUGAACGUGAAAUCGUGGCUCCUGGAUGCGCUGCCCCUAUAAUCCACUGAACCCCAGUACUUUUCCAAAAUUGGGAGCAGAAUCCAGGAGUUUUGGCCCCCAGUAACACUCCACCUGAACCCAGGAAUCCUGGUUUCUUCCUGCUCAGAGGGAGGGCAUGCCUGUUUGUUUCGUUUUGGGGGUUUUUUUGUCUGCCGAUCAGUGCCAAUUUGGAACACUUGUAAUGCACAGCUAAUCUUAGCUAUCGCUACAGAUAGCAUCUGAUAAGCUGCAUGGGAAAGAUGUUAGCCGCACUGAAAAAAAAUGUGCCCAGUGUUGGAGAGGCACAAAUUCUCCCCCUUCCUCCCUUCGGCUCACUCUACCGUUUUGAGACGCUGUGCAGAUGAAAAAGGAAGGCUUUCAAUUUUGUCUGCUUCCUGUCGCGGGAGGCAGAGCCCGGCUUGCGGUUGUUCGCCACUUCUCCUCCCCUCCCCCAACUUUGCAUCAUCCGAUGUGGACUGUUGCAGACUCGUAAGAAACCAACCGGCCUCUCAACAACAGCACAGCACUUUUGCCAUCUCGCUGCUACCAUCCUAACAACGGCUGCCCUUUUUAUUUCCCCCUCGAUUUGUACUUUAAAAACAACGGCGUUUUAAGUUUUUUGGUUUUUUUAAAAAAAUCCCAGUCUUGGGUUGCGUCAAGUCCGAAAGGGACGGGAUCCAUUAGUGUGACUUUAAGGGAGGGAGAGGCUGGGAAGAUGACGGACGGUCACAUCUGUGCGUCCUGAGGGAACAGCCCAGUUGCCCCGGGACGACUCGACUGUGUGGGUGGAGGAGGCGUUUCAGAUCCGUGAGCGCUCGAAGGAGCCGGUGGCGAGACUGAAGCCCCCAGUGGGAAGGAAGCCGCUCGGUCCACACGUGAUUCCCCUCCCCGCCGCUCCGAUGGACUAACUUGUUGGCGAUGUCCUUCCAUUUCCAAGUGCCCCUAUUUUGGGGCGCUCUUUUGGAUGAGUGAGACCGGUGGAAUCUCUGGGUUCUCGAAAGAAGGAAGUUCUUGACAGCAGGAAAACUGGGACGUGGGAUGUUCUGGUGUUCUUAAUCCGGUUAAGGGAGGCGGAGGUUUCUCCGAGGUAGCGCUGCGUGUUCGUCUAGAACCCAGCCGUGACGACACGCGACGGGGCUUCUCGACUAGGGGGGCUGGUGAAAUAUUUUUGAGGGAGCUUGGAUUGAAAGGGAAUUAAUGCCUCCCCACCCCCUUCUGCUUCAAAGUGUAUAAAGACCCUGAAAUAAAUCAUUCCUUUAUUC